AUGCUCAAACUCGCGCUCGCGACGACCGCCAUUUCCAUGUGCAUGAGACGCGGCGUCGGCGCGAAGAAGAAAAAGCAGCAGAAGAUGGACCCUUUCGACGACAUCAGCGGCAUCCCCGCGCUUCGCCCGAGCAAAUCCGAUCGCGCCGUCUCGCUCGACCCGAAGACGCCGCGCCUGCGGCACCCCGUCGGCGGCGCGAACACGAACGCGAACGCGAGCGCGAACGCGAGCGCGAAGAAGAUCAAGACGAUCCUCCUCGUCCUGCACGGCGUCAAGAGCAAAGAGAGGAAAGGCGAGCGGCAGGUGAACAACGUCCGCGCGCGCGCGCUGCUUCAGGACAUCGCGCUGAUCGAAGUCGUCACGGAGCGCGCGGGCCACUGCGAGGAGCUCGUGCGCGACGCGUCGCUGCGCGGCGUCGACGCCGUCGGCGUCAUGGGCGGCGACGGCAGCCUGCGAGAGGGCGUGUGCGGGAUGCUCGCGCGGCCCGCGAGCGACCGACGCCCGGUCUUCGUCUUCCCCGUCGGCACCGGGAACAACUUCGCGCGGGAUCUCGGGCACCGCGACGUGAAGGAUGCGUUCGACGCCAUCGGCCGGGGCGUCGAACGCGCGGUGGACGUCGUCAAGGUGACGCACCCGGGCGGGAGCACGUACAGCGUGAACUGCGUGACGUGGGGGAUGGCGCGCGACGCCGCGGAGACCGCGGAGAAGAUGCGGUGGAUGGGGCCGGUCAGAUACGACGUCGCGGGGUUUUAUCAUAUCGCGAAAGGGAAGGCGAACCUCGCGAAGAUAACCGCGAGCGACGACGGCGCCGGCGGCGGCGACGCGGCGGCGGCCGCGGGGAAGGGCGGCGGCGAGGGAGACGGGGCGUACGACGAUUACAUGAUGAUGUUCGCGCAAAACACGCGGUGCAGCGGGAGAAAUUUCAAGUUUACCCCGAGCGCGGAGCUCGACGACGGCAAAUUCGACGUCGUCGCCGUUCGAAAGUGCGGGAUGUUCAAGACGAUCGGUCUGUUCGAUAAGGUCAAAGCCGACGGCGCGCACGUGGAGGACCCGGACGUGUGUUACGUGAAAGCGACGCGCGCGACGUUGGACGCGAAGGACGCGAGCGACUUGGUCGGGAUCGACGGCGAGGUGAACGUGAAGUCGCCGGUGACGCUGGAGGCGAUAAAACACGCGUUCACCACGCUCGUUUGA